AUGAGCAAACCUCAGCCUUUGGAGGAGGAGGCAUAUGAUAUGUCGGGUGCCCGCCUGGCCCUGACACUAUGUGUCACCAAAGCCCGGGAAGGUUGUGAAGAAGACCUGGCCGCUCUGGAACGCAUGUUCCGGCAGCUUGGAUUUGAGAGUACCAUGAAGAGAGAUCCCACUGCCCAGCAAUUCCAGGAAGAAUUGAAUAAAUUCCAGCAGGCCAUGGAUGCCCGGACAGACCCUGUCAGCUGUGGCUUCGUUGUGCUCAUGGCACAUGGAUUAGAAGGCGAACUCAAGGGGGAGGAUGGUCAGAUGGUCAAGCUGGAUGACCUUUUUGAGGUCCUGAACAACAAGAACUGCCAGGCGCUGAGAGCGAAACCCAAGGUGUACAUUGUGCAGGCCUGUCGAGGAGAACAAAGGGACCUCGGAGAAAUAGUAGAUGGAGGUGAGAUCAGGAUGAUUGCAGAAGACAGCCCGCAAACCAUCCCAACAUACACGGAUGCGCUACAUGUCUACUCCACUGUAGAGGGGUACAUUUCCUAUAGACAUGACGAGAAUGGAUCCUGCUUCAUCCAGACCCUGGUCGAUGUGUUUACUGAGAGGGUAGGGCCCAUCUUGGAGCUACUAACAGAGGUGACACGGCGUAUGGCAGAAGCAGAGCUGUUUCAAGAAGGGAAAGCGAGGAAAGUGAAUCCUGAAAUCCUGAGUACCCUUCGGAAACGGCUCUACCUGCAGUAG